CUUUUUUCGAUAAUCUUAAUCAAAAAAAAAAAAAAUGAUAAUUCGUAAGGAAAUGUUGCUGUUUAUCGCAAUUUUCAUACAAAUAAAUACUUUAUGUUUUUCUAAAAACUUAAAUCCUCAUGUAAAUACCGACGUAUCCUUGACGAUAAUAAAUGACUUUAUAAAGCCAAAUUAUGAUAAACUUUUUAUCAUUGUAGCUGAGGAUAUGAAUGAUAGUAUUAAAUUAGCUGAAUUUUUGAGUAACAAUAAUAGAUUAUUACCUGAGGAAAAAGGAAAUUUAUCUUCUCAAGAAAAAUUCAUUUACAACGAUAUUAAGCAACAUUAUUAUUUAUAUUACAAUAAGGAGAGAUAUAUUUUUGUUUAUCCUCGAAAUGUUAAAAAUGAAUUAUUAUCAAAUUAUUUAAUAAAAAGAACUUUAAAAUCGGCGGAUGAAAUAAAAAUUGCCGUAACAUGCUCAGAGGAAAUUAAAAAAGACACCUUUAAUUCAAUGUUAAGUAAUGUAUUAAAAAUUUUAGAAAUUGAUAUUUUAAAUCACUACACUGAACUUAAUGGAAAAAUUAUUUUUCUUCCAUUAAGUAUAAAAGAGCCAAGUAAAUAUAUAAUUGAUAUAAAUAAAUUAGAAAAUUAUUUUUAUGAGAAAUUUUCCAAAUUUGGAAAUUCUUCAAAUAUUGCUGCAUUGCUUAUGAAUAUUGAUGGUGAUUUUAUAAAAUUAACUGAUAAAGAGCAAUUGGAAUAUUUAUUAAUAGCACCAUUUCUUGAGAGACAUGUAAAAAAUUUAACUUUUGAAAUGUUUAUUUUAUCUAAAAAUCCACAAAGAAUUCUUCAAUCUAAUUAUAUAUCAACGAGUAAUAAUUUUUUAAAAAUUCAUACCACUAUAACUGAUGAGAAUUUGAAAUUAUUAAAUAAUAAAUUCGAUUUAUUGAAAACUAAUUUAAAUGAAUCAUCUUCAAUGGAUAUAUCAUCACCAAAGGGUGUAUUAAUUUAUUUAAAUUUAAUAAAGGAAUUUUAUAAAAAAACAUCAACAAAUGAACCUAAAUACGAUUUACUAAUUGAAAAAUUUAUUGACAAUAAUUUUUGUGAUAAAGAAGAACAUGAAAUUGUUCGAUUAAUUUGUUUUAUGAAAUAUAUUGGUGAUGAUACCUAUAGUAAGGCAUUAAAAUUCAUCAGUGAAUCAGAUUUAAAAGUUGAUUAUUUGCAAGGAGAAGAAGAAUGGUUCAAUAAUUUGAUAACAAUGUAUAAAAAUGAAAUAAAUAAAAAUGAAAUUCAAAUAUCAUAUAAAUUAUAUGAGGAAAUAUCGAAAAUUGAUGGAGAAAAGCAAGAGAUAUUGAAACAAGUAUUUUUUACCGUUAACAAUUUAUUUAAUUCAAAACUAUUUCAUUUAUGCUCUCCAUUAGAUAAUGGAACAUAUAAAUUACACAUUAAAGGAAAAUUAUUAAUCUUCAGUCAAAUUUUAUAUAAAAAUUAUUGUCCUGGUAAAGUGACAUGGAUAGAACUAUUGGCAUUGGAAAAAAUAAUUAUCAAUGAAGAUUUAAUUAGUAAUGAAAUCAAGAAAGUCAUUAUAAUUGCACCAAUUUGGGAAAUUAUUCAAAAUAGAAUUAUAAAUUUAGAUGGUGCUUCUGAAUAUAAUAAUUUGGGACUCCAAUAUAAUAGAAAACAAGAUAGUUAUCAGCGUUUUGAUGGUUUAUCUGGGGUACAAGGAAAAAAUGGUGGAUCAUUUUAUGGAAUAGUUGAUACUGUAAUUAAUGGUGAAAAUUUUUAUAUUUCCUGUAAUGGUGGUAGAGGAGGGAAUGGAAGAGACGGUUUAGAUGGAAUGCAAGUUGUAAUUGAUGAUACGAAAAAUUUGAGUUUACUUCAGGUUGGUAUUGGGGGCAACGGUGGAAAAGGUGGAAUAUCCGGUGAUGUUAAAAUUUUCCACGUAAAUAAUUCAAAUACUUUAAAUAUUAAUAUAUCAACAGUAAAUGGUGUUGAUGGUAAAUCUGGAUUUAAUGGAACAUUUCAAGUGGGUGAUUUUCAAAGUUUUCAGCAUCCACAACUUUAUGUUGAACAUUUGAGAAAACUUAGAACAUUUAAAAUUGACAAAGAUGUUAACAAUAAACAAAAUGAAUUAGAUGAUUUUUCUGUUACUGUUGCUGAUUAUAGAAAAUAUAUUAUGAAUAAUAUUUUAAAAAAUAGUACAAUUAGACAAGCAAAUAUGUAUAGACAACUCAAUAAUAAUUUGUUGUUUUUAAAAAAUCUUACAACAUUAGAUUUUGUUCAGGAAUUAUAUAAUUUGGAAUAUUAUUAUUCUGUGGAAUUAAAUAAAUCUAUUUUAAUGAUUAUGUACGAGGGUUAUCAAGAGGGAAUUGAAUUAUAUAAAAGUGAAACAGAAAUUAAUCAACAAUCUAAUGAUUAUAAGACAAUAAUUUCUAAAUUAGAGGAUAUGGCUUUGAAAAAAAUUAAUGAAUUUGAUUUAAAUUCAAAUGAUCAAGCUGUUGUUAAAAUUGAUCUCUACUUGGAACAAAGUAUCGAUGAUGGUGAAAAAUUACAUCAUUUUCAAAUUCGCAGAAAAUUCCAAAAAAUUGGCGAUAAUUUUAGAAAAAUUUUCGAAAAUGAAAUUAAAAAUGCUAAAGAUUUAAUUGAUUAUAAAUUAAAAGCUUAUAUAGAUGAUAGAAUUAAUAAUUUAAAUCAAGAAAUUGAAAAAUUAAUUAAAGAAGUUGAUGAUAUGAUAGUGAAGAAGCAAGAAGAUCUUGCAAAGUUAAAGGAAAAAAAGGAGGAACUUAAGAGAAAAAUGAUCUUAAGGACUUUUUUCACAAUUUUUCAAUUUGUUCUUUUUGGAUUGUCAUUUGUAAAUCCUGUUUGUGCAGUUGUUGCCAGUGUAAUAUCACAAGGUGCAUCUUUGGCUGAAGAUAAAUUAUUAGAUUCUGGUGAUACAAUAAAGUACAAUGAAAUUAAAUUACCAGAUGCAGUUAAUAAAUUUGUUAACAAAUCAACUACAUAUUAUAAUAAUAGAACAAAAAAUGAUUUAAAAAUUGUUGAAGAUAAAUUAAAGGAAUUAAGGGAAAAGAAAGAUCAAUUAAAAUUAUCAGCUGAUGAGGCAAAACCAUUAAUUGAUAUUGAUAAAGAAGUACAUGAUCAAUGUCUAUCAAAAUCAGAACCAGAAUUAGAUCGACAGAAUUGUAUGUUAACAAUUUUAGAAAAUAAAGAAAAUGAAUUGACACAAAAGAAUGUGAAGAAAAAUAAAAAUUACGAAAGAUCAUUAAAAAUUAUGAAAGGAGCAAAAAUUACAUUAGAUGUUGUUAAUUUAGGUAUAGGAAGAUAUAAUAAACAUGCAAAAGAUGUAGCUGAAAUGAAUCAAAUUGAUAAACAAAUUAAAGAACAGGAGAAUGAUAUUAAAAAAUUGGAAGAAUUUAAAAAAAGUGUUCAUAAUGAUUUAGGACCACAAAUUGAACGUAUUCGAAAGGAUUUACAUAAAAGUUCUGAUAAAUUUGCAAUAUCAUCAAGAGCACUACUUGAAUAUCAACAAUUUCAAAUGGAUGAUUAUUUAACUGGUGUUUCAAAAGAAUUGACCAAAUGGACUAAAGAAUUUAAAGUGGGUACUGAAGUUAUGGAAAUAUUGGAAAAAAUUAAAAAUGCUAUGGGUGCUAUUAUUAAAAUGCAUGUUCGAAUUAAAGAAUUUAAAACUGAAAUAAAACGUGCUGAUUUUUCAAAAGAUUUGGCAAUUGUACCUUAUGAUAUUCCAAAUAUAAAUGAUUUUCAACUUAUUGAAGAUAUUACAAAGCUAGAGGAGAUACAUUAUUCAAAUCGUAUUAUUGAUGAUUAUGAUAAGUUAAUAAUUGCAAUGAAAGGUUAUACAUAUCCAUAUAUUAGAGAAUUCGCCGAAUUCAUGACAAAUCCUCAUAAUUUAUUUGAAAAUGGUCUUAGAAAAGCAAGUAUUAUUUUUGAAAAAAUGAAAAGUUUAAACAUCUUUUUAAACAAAAAAAGUGCACAAGGUCCAUUAUUUAAAAAAAUCAAGGAAUGCAAAUUUGGAAAUGGUGGAACUAAACCUGCAUUUUAUAAAUGGAAUAACAAGGAGUAUUCAUCAAUAAUUGAAGAUUUUCUCAAAGGAAAAGAAAUUAAAUUAUUUGCUAAUAUUUCAAAAACAGAACGUUUAAAUGCAUUAAAAUUUGAAGAAGUAAAAUUUUUACUUACUUCCACAGAUGUUAAAAUUAAUGACGAAUUACAAAAUGCUUUAAAUGAAUAUGAAAUAUUUUAUGAUCACAAUGGUGAUUCUUACUAUAGAUGUGAUGAUAAAAUACAUUUAAUUAAAUCCGGUUCUUUUGGCACAUUAUUUUCAAAUGACAAUACAUUAAGAAAAAGACGUUCUAAUUUUGAUAAUAAUGAUUAUAUUUUGAGUCCUUUUGCUACGUGGACAGUACGUCUUUAUUCUGAUAAUGAUAAACAUGAUUUUACAUCGUUGGCUAAAUUUAUUGAUAAUGUUGAUAUUGAAUUAGUUGGUGAUGGUCAAUUUAUGCCAGCUGAUGAAAAAACUUGUACUAAUUAUUUUUUGAAUGCUUAUAGCAAAGAAUUGCAAUUAGUAUAGUAAUUUGUAAAUGGGGCCCAGAAUAUUUUUAAUGAAAAAAAGGUUUCUAUUAGGUCAAAUUACAGCAAAUUUUAUCUAUUUUUUUUUCAUGCCGUAUGGCACUUUUUAAUUAUUUAAUAUGGAGGGCCACAAAAGUAAAAAAAAACUGCAUUAUCAGCAAGAAAUAUGAAAUUAUCUCUUGAAAUAUGAUAUUAAAACGAGUGUAUUAUUAUAAUAAUUUAUUUUUAAAAGAAAAUACAAACAUUACAGUCUCUGAUGACAGUCACUUGACAGCCUCUGGAGAGAAAAGUCUAUUAUUUUUGUCAAAAUUUUUGUAAAUUGUCCGAAUUUGCUUAAAAUUUUUGAUAUCCUUAAAAUGCUCGUGAAAAUUACUACUUGGGGGUUUUCGAGGUCGCUGAUUACGAAUCCGGUGUUAGUUUUCAAAAAUUCAAAAUGGCGGAUUCAAUAUGGCGGACCAAAAAAUGAAAAAUCGUGUAGAUUCGAUUGAAACUUGUUACACGGGGGUUUUUGGAGUCGCUGAUGACGAAUCCGGUGUUAGUUUUCAAAAAUUCAAAAUGGCGGAUCCAAUAUGAUGGACAAAAAUUAAAAAAUCGUUUAGAUUCGCCUGAAACUUGUUACUCGGGGGUUUUUGGGGUCGCUGAAUACAAAUCCGUUAUUAGAUUUUAAAAAUUCAAAAUGGCAGACUUAAAAUAGUAGCCCAAAAUUUAAAUAAUUGAGUUAAACCCGUGAAAUUGUUUACUCGGGAGUUUUCGGGGUCACUGAUUACGAAUCUGCGGGUAAUUUUUAAAAAUUCUAAAUGGCUGACCAAAAAUCCAAAAAAUUGAGCUAAACUCGUUAAAAUGUCUACCUAAGGGUUUUUCAGGACAAUCUUUACGAAUUCAUUGUUACUUUUUAAAAAAUCAAAAUAGUGAAUUUAAAAUGGUGGACCAAAACAUAAAAAAUUGAUCUAACUUUUUUAUAUAGAACGUAAAAAGGUGCCAUUUGAACUAAUCAAAUACAACGCCAGAUAACUUUUUAUGGAAAUUACGUGAGGAUUAUUUAAUUAAUAAUCACAAGACUAGCUUAAUUUUUUAAUUCUAUCCGCCAUUUUGAAUUUUAAAUAGAGAUUUGUCAUCAACCAUUCAAAAAAUUUUUAAAACUGACAUCGGAUUUGUAAUCAGCGACCAAAAAAACCCCUAUGUAGACAUUUUUACGAAAUUAGCUCCAUUUUUUAAAUGUUUGGUCCGCCAUUUUGAAUCCGCCAUUUAUUAUUUUUAAAAACUGACAUCAAAUUUGUAACCAGCGACCUCGAAAACCCCCAAGUAGUACAUUUCACGAGUCUAGCUCAAUUUUUAAUUUUAUCCGCCAUAUUUAAUCCGCCAUUUUAAAUUUUUGAAUUUUGAAUGGAGAUACGUUAUCACAGUUUGUAAGUAAACUAUGUUGUGGUUAUUUUUAUCGUCAUAUGUGAAGCUUGAAUGUUUUGAAUUUUGCGUACAACUCUUCCAGGUUGAAGAUUAUUAAAUAAGCUUUUAUACGUUUUCGUUUUCUGUGCAUUUGCAACAUUAACGUAUAUUUAUUACCUUUCUUUGAGACAUUAAUCUACUGUUCGUGACUCUCGUAAAAGUUGACUAUAUUUUAUGAACAGUUUUGAAGAGAAAAAUUCUACCUAAUUUUUGUAAUUAUUAUUGUUAUUUGUAAUUACUUCUAAUCUUUUUAAUUAUAAAUGUAACUUAUAUGUUAAACAUUUUUUUCAUUCGUGCUGACAUUGCAGUUUUUUUUUGACUUUUGUGGCCCUCCAUAUUAAAUAUUUAAAAAGUGCCAUACGAAAUGAAAAAAUAGAUAAAAUUUUGCUGUAAUUUGAUCUAAUAGAAACCUUUUUUUCAUUAAAAAUAUUCUGGGCGGGUGUGUCUUAUUGACAAAGAAUGCCUCAAAUUUAUAUUUUCUUUAAUGUUUUAAUCUACGUGAAAAUAAAAUUUAACUUACAUGGUAAAAAAAACCGUGUAAUUGUAUAAGUUUUAAAAUUUUCCUACAUGUGACAAUUAUAUUGUAAUUUUUUUGAAAUAUGAAAUAAAUCCUUUAUAAUGUA